CUUCUUGGCCCCCUCGACCAACAACGCCAUAACCCCAUCUAAAACCCUCCCAAAAUCUGCAAUUUCCACUCGAAAUGAUGAACUGAAGAAAUCCCAAGAUUCCCAUCAUGCCUUGCUCUGCAAUUUUUGUUCACAAUUACCUCAGAUUAUCUCUGAACCCACUCAGAACUAGUUCAUUUCAGCUCCGCCGUCGCCUUACUUUAAGCCCUAGACUCGUCCGCCCUCUUCCUCCGUUGUCGAGUCCUGCGUUAGUCUUAACCUGCUCGUCUUCUUCCCAUGUCUCUUCUUCCAAUCUCGUCAUUAAGAAAACGGGAAAUAGAGAUUCCUACUCAUCACCUUACUUUUACCAGCAAAGUUUGCCCUACAGUCGCUACGCAUACGACGAAUAUGCUUCCGAGGAGGAGUCUGACCGUGAACAUUUGCAGUCAUCUCCCAGUUUGGGGGCUUCAACACUUGAUAACAUUGAAGAGUGGAAGUGGAAGCUAACUACACUAAUCCGCAACAAAAAUGAGCAAGAGCUAGUUUCUCGAGAGAGAAAAGACAGAAGAGACUUUGAGCAAAUCUCUGCAUUGGCCACUCGAAUGGGCUUACAUAGCCGCCAAUAUGCAAAAGUAGUUGUCUUUAGUAAAGUUCCCUUGCCAAAUUACAGAUCAGAUCUGGAUGAUAAACGCCCACAAAGAGAGGUCGUUCUUUCUCCAGAAUUACACAGCCGGGUUGAUUAUCAUCUCAAAUCAUACCUCUCACAAAAGUCUGUUCUGGGAGAUGGUUAUCCAAACAAUGUCUUACCAACAUCAAGCACCUCCUCGAGUCUUGUUAUUGAGGAAGGACUUCAUGAGCAAAAUGAGCCUCUGAGACGAAGUCCCGUUGCAGAGGGAAUUCUCCGACGGAAGAGUUUGCAGCUGCGCAAUAUCCAACAAGAUUGGAAGGAAUCUGCUGAAGGCCAAAAAAUGCAAGAAUUACGGAGAAGUCUACCUGCAUAUAAAGAGAAAGAAGCACUGUUAAAUGCUAUUUCCAGAAACCAGGUAAUUGUUGUGUCUGGUGAAACGGGUUGUGGUAAGACCACACAACUGCCUCAGUACAUCUUAGAGUCUGAGAUCGACGCUGCUCGUGGAGCUCUUUGCAGCAUUAUCUGUACCCAGCCCAGACGAAUAUCGGCCAUGUCCGUUGCUGAGAGGGUUGCAGCAGAACGAGGGGAGAAGCUUGGAGAUUCUGUUGGGUAUAAAGUUCGGCUUGAGGGAAUAAAAGGAAGGGAUACUCGUCUGCUGUUUUGCACCACUGGCAUAUUGCUAAGGAGAUUACUACUCGACAGGAGCUUGCGAGGUGUGACUCAUGUUAUUGUUGAUGAGAUCCAUGAACGAGGGAUGAAUGAAGAUUUUCUUCUUAUUGUCCUGAAGGAGCUCCUUCCUCGCCGGCCAGAACUGAAGUUAAUUUUGAUGAGCGCAACCCUAAAUGCUGAGCUUUUCUCCUCCUACUUUGCUGGGGCUCCAAUGAUCCAUAUUCCUGGGUUCACUUAUCCUGUCCGAAGCUAUUUUCUAGAGAAUAUAUUAGAAAUGACUGGAUACAGGUUGUCAACAUAUAAUCAAAUUGAUAACUAUGGCCAAGAGAAAAGUUGGAAAAUGCAGAAACAAACCGUCCGUAAAAGGAAGAGCCAAAUUGCUUCGGCUGCAGAGGACGCACUUGAAGCAGCUGAUUUAAGAGAUUUUAACCCACGGACUAGGGAUUCCCUAUCAUGCUGGAACGCUGAUUCAAUUGGCUUCAAUCUUAUUGAGAAUGUUCUUUGUCAUAUAUGUAGAAAAGAAAGGCCCGGUGCUGUUUUGGUGUUUAUGACUGGUUGGGAUGACAUAAAUUCUCUCAAGGAUCAACUCCAAUCUCAUCCACUGCUGGGAGAUCCAACCAAGGUUUUACUGCUUGCAUGCCACGGUUCUAUGGAUAGCUCAGAACAGAAAUUGAUAUUCAAUAGACCUGAAGAUGGCAUCAGGAAAAUAGUUUUAGCCACCAACAUGGCCGAGACAAGCAUCACCAUCAACGAUGUAGUUUUCGUGGUCGACUGUGGAAAAGCUAAGGAGACGUCCUAUGAUGCACUGAACAACACUCCAUGUUUGCUUCCGGCCUGGAUCUCAAAGGCUUCUGCUCGGCAAAGGAGGGGAAGAGCUGGCCGUGUACAGCCAGGCGAAUGCUACCACUUGUAUCCCAAAUCUGUAUAUGAUGCUUUUGCUGAAUAUCAACUUCCAGAACUGUUGAGGACACCCUUACAAUCUUUAUGCCUCCAAAUUAAAAGCCUGCAACUUGGUAGUAUUUCAGAGUUCUUAUCAAGGGCCCUGCAGCCGCCAGAACCAUUAUCUGUUCAAAAUGCUAUUGAAUACUUGAAAAUAAUUGGCGCCCUAGAUGACAAUGAAAACCUUACAGUGUUAGGUCGCAAAUUGUCAGUGCUUCCGGUUGAGCCUAAACUUGGUAAGAUGUUGAUAUUGGGGGCAAUUUUCAACUGCCUCGAUCCAAUAAUGACUAUUGUUGCUGGUUUAAGUGUCAGAGAUCCAUUUUUGAUGCCGUUCGACAAGAAGGAUCUUGCCGAGUCUGCAAAAGCCCAGUUUUCCUCGCGUGAUAACAGUGACCACCUUGCUCUUCUCCGUGCUUUUGAUGGUUGGAAAGCUGCUGAAAGACAGCAGUCAGGUCAUGAGUACUGUUGGAGAAAUUUCCUUUCUUCACAAACUCUGAGGGCUAUUGAUUCUCUUAGGAAGCAGUUCUAUCAUUUGCUUAGGGACGGUGGAUUGGUUGAUAAUAUGGAGAAAUGCAACACAUGGAGCCAUGAUGAACAUCUCAUCCGGGCCAUUAUUUGCUCAGGGCUGUACCCAGGAAUUUGCUCUGUUGUGAACAAAGAGAAAUCAGUAUCACUGAAAACAAUGGAGGAUGGUCCUGUAUUGCUUUACUCGAAUUCAGUUAAUUCUCAAGAACCGACCAUCCCAUACCCAUGGCUGGUAUUCAAUGAGAAGGUGAAGGUGAAUUCUGUAUUUCUUCGAGAUUCAACAGCUGUGUCGGAUUCUGUGCUUCUCUUAUUUGGAGGAAAUGUUUCCAGAGGGGGUCUGGAUGGGCACUUGAAAAUGUUGGGUGGUUACUUAGAAUUCUUCAUGAAGCCUGGCUUGGCUGGCACUUAUCUUGCCUUGAAGAGAGAGCUCAAUGAACUCAUCCAUAUGAAGCUUUUGAAUCCCAAAAAGGACAUAGGCAACGACAACGGACUCCUGGAGGCUUUAAAACUGCUAGUAUCAGGAGAUCGAUGUGAGGGUAGAUUCGUCUAUGGUCGUAAGCUGCCACCAGCUUCAAAGAGUUCUGGAAAAGAGGCAGAUAAAAAGCGUGCAUCCACGAGUGGCAGUGUAGCCGAACACGACAAUUCCAAGAAUCACUUGCAAACAUUGCUUCUUAGAGCAGGUCAUCAACCGCCCACCUACAAAACAUCACAGUUGAAAAACAAUAAGUUCCGAUCCACUGUCUUCUUCAAUGGUUUGGAUUUCGUUGGUCAGCCAUGUGGCGGUAAAAAACUUGCGGAAAAAAGUGCUGCCUCUGAGGCUCUUCAGUGGUUAACCGGCGAGACCCAAUCAUCUCAAAGGGCCAUCGACCAUAUCUCAACCAUACUCAAGAAAAGCAAAACAAGGAAUCGAGCUCACACCACAAGGGGGAGUUAAAGUCCCCAUGAAAUCAACGAUAUUUAGCUUUUGGUUUUUUUUCUCUGCAGUGGAUCAUUUGAUCUCCACACGAAGGAUACAAAUGAUCUGAGACCAACAAUCAUUUAUUACAACUUUGAAGAGUCCAACACUGGACAAGAAGAUCAACGUUGUGCCUGCACCGAUCGAGUGGAUUUAAAGUGUGGUGCCAGGUGAUACUCACAUAUUCUCUACACUUUUUACAAUUUUUUUUUUGUUAGGAAAUUAGUAUCAUACAGUAAAGUAGGAAACCGUUUUUCAAAUGAACAGUAGUAGUUCAUAUCGAUCCAGAUAGUCAUUUAUCUGCCUCAAUAUCGUUUUUUUGUUCUUGAUUAGUGCUAUCUGUGUGAUAGUCUUCUGAUAUGUAUGUAAUUGAUACUAUCUAUGACUUGAAUUUGUCCAAAAAAUGUGGUUAAACACUCAAAUUGGUAUCUGGGAAUCUACUUCUGAUAUGUAUGUAAUUGAUACUAUCUAUGACUUGAAUUUGUCCAAAAAA